AUGGGACCAAAGCGCCAAACCCCACCCAAAAAGAAGAAAUUCACUGAUUGCAUCGGCCGAAACGCUUUCAUCGUCAAGUACACGCACAACGGUGACCGCAACGAGUUCCGCCUUAAUCGAGAGGAACUUCAAACCCAAUCCCCAUUCUUCAAACUCUUGGAAAACGCUACGAGCAUAGGCGAAGUCGAGGGCACCAUAAACGACCUUGAGACAGCCAACAAGGACGCCAAGAAGAACACGAAAGACUUCAAGCUUCUCACCGUCGUCCAGAACUGGCUUGAUCCGGCGAAACAGCAGGUCUCGGUCACAGCGAAAGACGAACAAGUCGAGUUCAGUGAGAUUUUCCGGAGGAGCCUCCAUGUCUAUAAGUUUGCGCAUCAUUACGAUAUGCGGAGCUUCCAGAACGCAGUCGCGGAUUACCUCAUGAAGACUUACCCUGCAAACGCUACGAACAGCAUCGGCCUAGAGGAGUUAGUAGAGAAUGAGGGGAUUCGGCCUGUAUAUCCGCAGCUCUGGGAGUUGCUCGAGGAGUAUUAUCUUGCUGGAUGCGAUCUUAAUCCCCUAGACCAGAAGGCGCUGAAUAAGGUGGAUGGAGAUGUCUUGGCCAGAAUCACCAGAAUCACCAGAUUGCUACUGUAG